UGUGAACGGACAGCAUACAGAUCUGUGACAAAUGCUGCUGAAAACGUGUCACACACAACCGAUUUCGCACGUAGCUUGUAAGGCACAACCAUGAGUUCUCCUACAGCUGUGUCUAGCUCUGCCAAGGUGGUGGUGAUUGGUGCUGGAUUAGCAGGUUUAUCCAGUGCGGCCACCCUCGCCCAAGCUGGUUUUGAGCAUGUCCAGGUUCUGGAGGCCAUGUCCAGGCCUGGGGGCCGGAUCAGCACCAUCAGACCAUUUGGUCCAAAUGUGAUUGAGCUGGGGGCAAACUGGGUCCACGGGCAGGAUGGAAACCCAGUCUUCUCCCUGGCUGAGAGACAUGGUCUACUGUCCCAGGACGCCUCUGCCAGGGGCAUGUGCCAGCCAGGCUCGCUUACUCCCCAUGACUACUUCUUCCGGGAGGACGGAACCCUGCUUUCCCACAAAGGUGUGAAACAGGUUUGUGCUCUCUUCAGCCAACUCACAUCCAGGGCGUUCGACAACAAGCUGGAAGAGAAAUUUCACUCCAAAAGCUUUGGCCAAUACCUGGAUGAGGCAUUCGCCGACUCACCCCUGGCCUCCUCCUUUGAAGACGCAGCAAAGGUUUUUGAGUGGUGUAAGAGGAGCGAGUGCACGGAUGAAGCCAGCUCCUCUCUGUAUGAGACGUCUGCCCUGGAGCAGAAAGAGUAUACUUGCCUGGAGGGAGAUUUCUAUAACUGCCUGGGUCCUGGAGGCUACCAAGCUGUGGUUGAUGUCCUCCUGAAACUCCUGCCCCCAGGGGCUCUUCUGUGUGACAGGCCAGUCACCUAUAUCCGGUGGGGGCUGGAACCACAAGCCAAGGGCUCCGGCCCUUUCCGCCCAGUCAAGGUGCUGUGUGAGGAUGGUCAGGAGUUUGAAGCUGACCAUGCAAUUGUGACCUCCUCCCUGGGGUUUCUGAAAGACAGGGCAUCAGUGUUUUUUGAGCCCACCCUGCCUGAGGACAAAAUACAAGCCAUUGAGCGACUUGGCUUUGGAACAGUGGACAAAAUAUUCCUGCGGUUCAAUGAACAGUUCUGGCCUGAAGACUGCACUGGAAUCCAACUGGUCUGGGAAAAAGGUCCAGAGGAUAAAACCAUCUAUUGCAAGUUGUCUGAGGGGGAUGCCUGGAGGGAAAUGUGGUACAAGAAGAUCAGUGGUUUUGACAUUGUGUCGCAUCACCCCACUGUUCUCUGUGCAUGGAUCAGUGGAAGGGAGGCACAGCACAUGGAGACCCUGCAGCAGGAAGAGGUGCAACAGGUUUGUGUGAGGCUGCUCAGAUCCUUCACAGGCUGGUCAGUCCCUGAGCCAACACAGGUGUUGUUUUCCACAUGGUGGAGCAAUCCCCAUGUGAAGGGGUCCUACACAUUUGUCCCUUUUGGGGUGAAAGGGGUAAGGGAGCAGCAGGUCCUGGCUGCACCACUGCCAAAUAGCUCCAUCUGCACUGCAAGAAAGCCUCUCCAGGUGCUGUUUGCUGGUGAGGCCACACAUGAGAAUUUCUACACCACGACCCAUGGGGCUUUCGUCUCUGGCAUUAGAGAAGCUGAAAGGAUCAUUGACUUCUACACUCAACAGAAAUGACUUUAAUGUAUUUCUGUAUAUAAAUAGUUAAUGUGAUGCUGAGACUGUGACAUAGAUACAACCCUGAUUAUUAAUCUGAAGCAUGGAAUUUGUUUAUGUGUACAUACAAUAGUUUGAUAUAAUAAUAUACUGCAGCUAAAAAUGUAAAUAUCUUCAAAACCAGUUUAACUUCUCAUAAGGUUAGAACAUGAAACCUAUGACCGCCACGAUGGUAGGGUUGCACAUGUUAUGACUGCUUAUAAUGCUUGUAAGGACCUAGUAGAUUGGCUGAAUUUGGCAUUGCACAAACAUAAUUCAGUGAUUACUGCCUGCCUGACUAUAUAGUGAGGCCUAGUGGAUAUCUAGCACAGUUCUGCUGUACCCCAGUGCAGCUCUAUCCCUGAGGGGCAACAUUAGUUUAGGAGGUAAGAGGUCGUUGGUUCGACCCCCCACCCUGGGUGUCCCUGAGCAAUUUGAGCAAUUUGCUCCUGAUGAGCUGAUUGGUACCUUGCAUGGCACCAUUGGUGUGUGUGUGAAUGGGUGAAUGAGAGGCAUUAAUUGUAAGCAUGUUGGAUAAAGAAUUCAGCCCAUUUACCAUCCUGUUUUCCCGGCACAUUACAUUACAUUACAUUACAUUAAUGGCAUUUGGCAGACGCUCUUAUCCAGAGCGACAUACAACAAAGUGGAAAGUGCAUACCCAUACCAGGGAUAAGUGCGCUGAAAGACCCUAGAGGGAAGUACAAUUUGAACUGCUACCUACCUUUUUUUUCUUUCUUUUCUUUCGUAAUACCGCAACACGCAAUACACAUCCCUGCUGUAUUCUAGCUUGGCUUUGGCUUUGCUCUGCUGGCAGGCAGAGCAGGAGAUGGCUUGGUUUUUUAGGUCCUGCACACUGCAACCUCCCUCCUAUUGUUCUCCUGUGACUGUAUGUGUACAAUUGUGUAGUGUAGUGGAAUAUGCUGUUUAGCCCAGUCUUUAGACAUUCACUUAAAUCCAGUACUUGUGCCGGGUAAAUAUAGACUUUAGACGGUGUGAAUAGAACACCAUCACUUGCUUUAAAGCUCACAGGUUGGAAGGUGUGGACCAGAAAACACAGAAAAUACUUGUGAAACAGUCAUCUAUAGCUGCACAUAUCGGAAACAACUGGCUGAAAUAGUAAGAGGAAGUUGUGGGGAAAUGUCUUACUUUCAGAAAAGGCAAUGAGAUUCUUGCAUGCUGUUUCUGAAAGAGCUGUUCUCAUAGUAUGCUGAGCUGAGACAUAAAUGGUAAAUGGUCUGCAAUUAUAUAGUGCCUUUAUCCAAAGGCUGGUGGGUGCUUCACAUUCACCCAUUCACACACCAACAGUGAUUUUUUUGCUUGUAUAAAAGGUACUUCACCAAUAGAACAUUAUUGUACCUUCUUGGCCAUUUAAAGAACAAAAAUGUACAGUCCCUCCACUGUACCUUUAUGUCUGAGAGUGUACUUUCUGUAUUAUUUUUCACUAAAAUCUAUGUGUCUUUCUAAAAACAUUCUGUUGUGCUGCUAAAAUGUAUGUUUUUGAGCUGCACAUUGACUUGGUUUCAUGUUUACGUGUAUAUACUUUUAUCGGGUCUUUUAUAACUGUUUAAAUGCAUUCGCUCAAUUGUCUGCUCAUUUUCUUGUGUAUUUUCUCGGAAUCCGGUUCAGUGUUUCUUAACAGGAUGAUUGUGACACAGAAAUCUUUCAUCAGGGCUCAUAGCGUGUGUGCUCUACCCUCCAGUUUUCUGUUCUUAAAAACAUUACUUUUAAUAACAAUAUACAAUGGGCUCCAGAAUUAUUGCCACCCUUGAUAAACAUGCUAUAAACAAAAGAAAAUUGACAGUUAUUAACAUAAGCUUUAUUUUCCAACAUGUGUAAAGUAGUGUGCUUUAUUCAAUGGAAUCAACCAAAUCUUACAUUUUUUAAAUACAUUUUUUAAAAACAAUUAUUGGCACACCUGGUUUAAUACUUUGUGCAAACACCCUUAGCAAAGAUGACAGCCAUGAGUCUUCCUCUAGUUUGUGAUAUGGUUAGAGAACACAUUGGAGGGAUUUUUGACCAUUCUUCCAUGCUUUUCACUUAUAGACCCCCCUCUUAAGUUAAGAUCACAGUUUUUUGAUGGUAUUUAAGUCUGGAGACUGAGAUGGCCAUUGCAGAACAUGGAUGUUGUUUUUACGUAACUGUGUGGAUUCUGUUGUAGUAUGUUUGGAGUCAUUGUCCUGCUGGAAAAUCUACCGACGAUCAAGUCUCAGCUUUCCAGCAACAAGAACAAGAUUUUCUGCCAAGAUUUCUUGGUACUUUGUUGAAUUUAAAUAGUGCCCCUGGACCACAUCUCCAAAACAUAAUUGACUCUAUAUUUGAAAGUAGGUAUGAGGUGCUUCUCCAUCUGCAUUUCUCUUUUGCUGUCAAACAUGUUGAUGGUGUGUAUGGCCAAAACAUUGAAUUCACUCUUCCAAUCGUAAUUCCAAUGAGAUUUGGCAAACUCCAGAUGCUUGGUUUUGUUCAUGUGCUCAGUAAGGGUUGUCUUUGUGCCACCCUUCCACAUAGUUUGUUGGUAUGGAGGUGCCAUUUUAUGGUUCCUUUUGAGACUUGGUGACCCCAAGAUCCAACCAAUCUCUAAUUCUUAAAUUGUGAUCCUUGGGCCUCCCUCACCAUCUUCCUUACCAUCAGUGGGGAUAACAUACACUUGCAUCCUCUUCCUGGCUAUUUUGCAACCAUUCCAUAUGUUUUUCACCUUUUUAUUAUUGUCCUUACACUGCUAUGUGGCAUGUAUAACCAUUUAUGUAUUUUUCUUUUAUUUUAUUUUUUUAACCCAUUACCAGACUUAUGAUGGACAAGUAACAUCUGUGUCUUCGGAAUUGACAGUUUGUUGCCAUUUCCCAUGCUAAUGGUUGACAAAGGGAUUUUGUAUGCUUGUUACCUCACUUUUAUACUCUCGUGAAUCAAGAAGUGAUGAAAUGACAAUAUAGUUCCUUUAGACUGAGAUUGACUAAAUUGAGUAAAAUAAUAUUUCCAAUUUCACUUUCUUUAAUUUUAUUUAGAAUAAUUGCCAAUAAUUUUGCCAAAAUUAGAUUACCAAAUACGAAAUAUUGAACCAUGAAAUUAAUAUAUUGAAAUAAAAGUAUAUAGUUUUCCCAUAUGUUUGAACAUAACAUAUACAGUUGAUUAUUAUCCAUGUUCAUUAUAUGCAGCAUUUUUAUUAAGGGUGCCAAUAAUUCUGGAGCCUAAUGUACUUACCAUU